AUGAGCCCACCUCAGCAAGCUCCAUCGUCCUCGUCUCUCGGUGGCCUCACUGCCAACGCUGUCAGUUUGGUACGGAGCGCCAGAGAGUCCGAGUGGUUGCCUAAUUACGAUGCCCAGAAGAUUCGCUCGGUUGUGAAGGAAAUGGGUGACCUGUUCCAGAGGCUUCUACUUGCACAACACGUGGCCAGCCGACUGCCGGCCAAUGACGAUGAUGAUUUUGGUGGUAGCAACAAGACGAAGAAGAGAGCAUCCUUGAGCCCUGUCGUCUACUUGGACGCCAUUCUUCGGAAUCGACAAUGCGUUUUGGCCUACCUCCAAUAUCGACUAGAUGUGCUCAUGUGUCUUCGAUGGCAAGCUGGCUCGGCCUAUGUGUUGGCUGACCUCAUAGGUCCUCGACCAGUUACUGAUGGUGGAGAGGAUGGGUCGUCUGGGGUGAAGUCGGCAGGCGAUACUAUUGCAGGUCGACGCCUUUCCCCGGCUGAACGGAAGUUUGUCUAUAAGUACUCAGACCUCUUAGAAGAGUACAUGAUUGGAUUCACGAGGGAGUCACGGUAUAGCAGGGUUUUAGAUCUGACUUCUGAUCUACAGCCACCUCCACCUGUCCCCGAGAUAGCAAUUCGGCCCAACCGAGAAAUUCACCAUCGGUCUUUGCUCACCGGCGAGGUGAAUUUCUACGAUAGGGACAGGGAUUACAAUUUGAGCCGUUCCGACUUCUACAAUUACGUUAAGGCUGGGUGGGCAACCGACUUACUACUACCUGAGAGAGUGAGUCGAGCGGACAUCCCUUGGCCGGCCAGGACGGACUGGGGUGGACACGACCCUGCCAGCCCAGUUGCUGAGCUCAUCAUCAACACGCAUUCUACUGUAUGGCCCGUAGCCAUCUUCAUAUUCCUCUCUGCGGCGUACAUGGUCAAAAAGCAUGAGGCUCGCUCCGGUAGUCUAUGCCUUAUUGGUAUUUGCUCGAAGGUCGCUAGGCGCUGUGCUGAUCGGUUCUUCGAUAUGACUUUCAGUCCUCCUCCGACUGCCUCCCAGCCCCCUCCCGAAGUUGCUGAUCUGGCUAGGAUCACUUCUGUGUCGUCGUUGAUGUCCAAUGCGGUUGCCAGAGCUAGUGGAAGACCAAGAAGGAAUCCGUUAUUAUCCCCCUCAAUUGCUCGAGCAGACAUCCCGUGGCCGGCCAGGACUGACUGGGGUGGACACGACCCUGCAACCCCUUUCGCUGAGCUUAUGAUCAACACCCAUUCUAUGUUCUGGCCAGUCGCCAUUUUCAUCUACGUCUCGGCAAUAUACAUGGUUAAGAAGUAA